AUGCCGAUCCGGAAUGUUAUAGAUGCCCUGGCUGCUGGAGGAGUGAAGCUCAUUGCCAUGAGAUGCGCCGGAUAUGACCGAGUCGAUGUGAAGGCAGCAGAAACACAGGGGAUCAAGAUCGUAAGGGUGCCAACGUACUCUCCAGAAUCUGUCGCUGAGCAUGCCGUGGCGCUGGCGAUGGCUCUUAACAGGAAACUCCAUUUGGCUUACAACCGAAUAUGGCAAGGCAACUACACCCUCUCCGGACUGGAGGGAACAGAGGUGCAUGGGAAGACCGUUGGAGUGGUUGGGACAGGAUCCAUCGGAGCUUGCUUCUGUGCUAUAAUGAAGGGUUUCGGAUGCAGCGUCCUGGCGACAGAUGUAGCAGCCAAUCCUCGCUGCGUUGACAUGGAUGUGACGUACAUGCCUCUGGAAGAGCUCCUUGCAAAAUCGGACAUCGUUUCACUCCACUGCCCCUUGCUGCCAUCCACCUUCCACAUGAUCAACAAAGAAAGGCUGGAAAUGAUGAAACCGACCGCAUUGCUCAUCAAUGUGAGCCGUGGUGGCCUCAUUGACAGCGAUGCGCUUGUGGAUGCGCUGGAAUCAGGGCAGCUGGGAGGCGCCGGGAUGGAUGUGUAUGAAAAUGAAGGUGACCAACAUUGGGGCCCUUUGCGGCACUUGGCCAUCGGGCAAGUUUAA